UUUACAUGAUUGCAAGGCAUGCAUUCGCCCGCUCACAUCGAGCGCCAACCCCCCGAAUGCAUAGUUUGUCGCGGCGCGCCUUUCGGUUGGCGAGACUGAGCUUACAAAUACCACACCCGACGACACGUUCAAGCCGCCGAUCUUUCCACGCCUCAGCCGUUGCUCGAGCUACUGACGACAGCGGUGGUAGUGGUGGUGGUAGUGGCAGUGGCAGUGGUAGCGGUAGUGCCGAGCCACGCGACGAUGGAAACAAGCCAGAAAAGGAAGACCAGAAUGGCGAGAAUAAUACCACGGGGGAGAAUCUAUUUGGGGAGACCAAUGCGACGGUGAAUGAGGAGAGUCAUGGUCGUAAGAAGCCCGGCAGCGGUUCCUUGAGGUCGCGGACCUUGCGGAAUCGAAAGGCUGAGGAGCUUCCACCCGUGCAGCUGCCCAAAUCCUUUAUUCCCAGCGCCCUAUACCGCUAUGAGGAUGGGAAGAAACCUAUGGGAUCAAAUCCCGUAGACACCAACAAGCUUCGCGAAUCAGUAGAGGCUGUGCUAUUCGAAGACGACCAAUUCCGGAUAUGGGAUGAUCCUGGAGACUCCUUACUCGGAGCUACGGCUUUGACCGAAGAAAGCGUGCGCGAGGCCAUCAAUACCCUGGCAUCAGAUUCUGUUUCUGGAGAGGCAAUUCUUGAAAGGGGGCGUCAAAUGGUUGCACUUUCCUUUUGGGCUACCGCUCUCUUAACUCGUGAAGCUUACGGAAAAGACGCGGUGAAAAAGUUGUUGGAGAACAGUUCUAUUCACAGUUCUAGCGAUAUGUAUCCGGCCCUCCAUUAUACAAAGGUACUUGCCGGAAACGAUGUACUGGGGACUCUGCGUGGAAUCUAUCCAAUACCCCGCGAUACAACAAACAAACCCACCCCCUCUGAAGGGGCUGUUGUGAAGUGGAUCGAAGAGGAAUUAUUCGAAUAUGUUGUCGCAUCUGUCAACGCCGACCUCCAAAUAAAAGCUCCCAAGAACGUCAAGCUCGCGGAUCUGCGACGGCCUGUCACUAUCAUCAAUACGCCUGGCUACUCUGGGUUUUCCAUAGGGCGUGAUCUUGUACGGCACAUCGGAGCUAGCUUGGAAGCUGACGUUCUACACAUAAGAGCACCCGAUAUUGCACGUAUUGUUGGGGGCUAUCUUUUACAAGACGCUAUGAGAGCACCUGGUGCAAUAUCGCAACUAGGAUACAAGGCUGCGGAGAGCAGCGGAAGAUCGAUACAGACAAACUUGAUGACUAGCGAUGAAGGUGAAACCUAUGAUGGCUUCCGAUUGCUACGCGAUGAUAGGUUGAAGAAGGACAACAAAAAGUCCAUCUCUCUGAUGGAUGAUUUCCUCAAUGGUCCAACUCGAGGGAAAAACGACGACCUUUGGGAAGACUUGAAGAUCAAUGCCGCUUUAGAGGAAAUUAUCCAUACUGCAGACUCCAAAUCUACUGAGCAGCGACCACUUCUCGUUCAUCUGGAUGAUUUCGUCGCUCUAAAUACGGACCUUGAAUGCGGCGCUAUGAUCGUAGGCAAGAUACGGAAACUCAUUGACAGAUUAUGGGCAGAGGAGCGAAAGAUAGUGCUCAUUGGGACCUGCUCCUCUAAAGACGCGCCGAAACCAUACAUAAGUGCAUUGACUGAACUUGAAUUAACAGAACGGGUGAUGAAUAUUCGAUUGGUUCCGGACCAUGCGCCUCUCCUUGUGCCAAAAGAACUAGCCUCAUUUGAGACCAGGCUCGAGACCUGGGAGAGAACAGACUACCUAAGAGAAAAUGAGGCCAACAUAGUACAAACGCUGGCUUCCAUGGUGGAUCUUCCACCUGACUCUACAGUAGCAACUACUGGAGAGAUAGGCAUAAGCCAGAUAGACGAGAAAAAGUUACCAAGGCCUUGGCUAACUAGCAUUCUCCCCCUCGCUGAGGUAUAUCAUAUCGCAACUGCGAUGAUUGGCUAUUCCAAAAGUCCAAUGGAUGUAUUCAACAUCCAAUCGGCUGAGAAGGUUGCCGUGGUGAUUGGGAGCCUUGAAAGACUGAGUGACAAUCACUCUGGUGACAAGAGUUCUAAAAACACACGAAGAGAAUUAAAAGAGUUUCUUGAUGGACGCAGAUACGGCCCGGAUGAAGAGAACCAUGAGAAAAGCCUCGAGUCUGGCCUGGUGAACGCGGAAGACAUCCGAACGACAUUCAAGGAUGUCCAUGCGCCACCGGAAACGAUCGAGUCUGUCAAGAUGCUCACCACACUCUCCCUAAUUCGCCCCGAGGCCUUUUCUUAUGGUGUACUUUCCACGGACAGGAUACCAGGGUGUCUCCUAUACGGCCCACCCGGCACAGGUAAGACGCUGUUAGCAAAGGCGGUGGCUAAGGAGAGUGGCGCCAAUAUGAUUGAGAUUAGUGGCGCUAGCAUCAAUAACAAGUUUGUCGGCGAGAGCGAGAAGAACGUGCGCGCCCUAUUCCGGCUAGCCAAGAAGAGGGAGCCCCUGGUGAUUUUUAUCGACGAGGCGGACGCCUUGCUAGGGGCGCGCGGAAGGGGGGAUUUACUUUCCAGACGCGAGACGAUCAACCAGUUCCUACGAGAGUGGGAUGGAAUGGAAAAGAUGAAGGCGUUCAUCAUGGUGGCGACGAACCGGCCGUUCGACCUCGACGAGGCGGUGCUCCGCCGGCUGCCCCGCAAGCUGCUGAUCGACCUGCCGACGGAGGCGGACCGUGCGGCGAUUUUGAGGAUCCACCUCAAGGGUGAGAUCCUGGACGAGGCGACGGUUUCCAUCGAGGACAUCGCCAAGCGCACGCCGCUGUACUCCGGGUCGGAUCUUAAGAACGUUUGUGUGGCAGCGGCCAUGGCGGCUGUUAAAGAGGAGCUGGAUAUGGAGCAGCAGCAAGAAAAAUUACAACAACAACAACAACAAAAACAAGGGAACGAUACAGCCACAGACACUCCGAAGAGGCGCAUCCUCCGGGAGAGGCACUUCGGCAAGGCUCUCCAGGAAAUUGGGGCCAGCGUGUCGGAGGACAUGGAGACGCUGACGGCGAUCCGCAAGUUCGACGAGAAGUACGGAGACGGCGGCCCGGCGCGCCGCCGCAAAAGGAAGGGCAUGGGGUUCGGGGUCCUCGCGGAUGCGCGCGAUGGCGAUGCGAGGGUUAGGAGUGGACGGUGAGAUGACGUGAGGUGACGUGACAGGACAUGACGUGACGGGUAUAGCGUUACUGAGAUACAUAGGUGCCUACAUACCUACCUUCCGAGGUACUAGGUAGGCACUCAGGUAGAAUAAAGUUAUCUAUACACAGGCUAGUACCUAGGUUAAUGCAUUAGUGGGUAGCAUAAUAUCGGAUCUUAGGGGCUUGGAUAGGUAUCAUGGUAUCUAGUACGGCCGGUACGCGACGAGGCUUACAUACGGCUGGACUUUGUGUGUGUGUGGCUGUAGGUAGGUUAGGUGCCGAGAUCGGUAUCUGGUGGCCACCCUGCCUUACCAUUUCUGCCUGUGCAACACACCAUAACACUUAUAAUGCAGCCUCAUCUUCAAACCC